GAGGAUGGAGAGGAGAGGGGGAAGGAGAAGGGACGGAGGAGAGAGAGGAGAGAGAGCGGGGGGAUGACUGCAUGAAAAAGGGAAAGAAAAAAAAACACCAAAACAACAAUCAUGACUCCUGUAAUCCAUCCUAGGUUCUUUUAUAAUAAUCAUAAUGCUCGGUGUGUGCCGCAAUAAAUGACGAGCCUCCCAGAUCAGUGUACACUGGCUUGAGAGAGAGAGAUGUCAUCUCCGGGCAUGGGCACCCCCAGUGACCCCCUUCUGGCCAGUCCAGGAGGGAGGUUACCCACCGCUCAGGAAGGUCUCUGGAGGAGCUCACUCUCCAAAACAGCCAGCUUCCCGACAUCCACCACUCGGCACCUCAGUCACCGAGCCAACAACUUCCAAAGACAGCCAAAGCGCCGUAAGCUGAUAAGACCCUCGCCGCCUCCGCCGCCCAACACGCCCUGUCCCCUGGACCAGCUGGACCUCAGUGAGAUUCCCCCGAGGCGUACCUUCCAAGAGCUGCUCUUCAAUGGCUGCGUCCUGUUUGGUAUUGAAUUUAGCUACGCCAUGGAAACGGCUUACGUGACUCCUGUGCUACUACAGAUGGGCCUGCCUGAUCAGUUCUACAGCUUGGUGUGGUUUAUUAGCCCCAUACUGGGAUUCCUCGUUCAGCCUCUCCUCGGAGCGUGGAGUGAUCGUUGUACAUCCCGGUUCGGACGAAGGAGACCCUUUAUUUUUGCCUUGGCUAUAGGGGCUCUGUUUGGUCUAACGCUGGUGCUGAACGGGCGGGACAUCGGAAGUGCGAUGGCUGACACUGCAUCAAAUCACAAGUGGGGAAUUAUCCUGACGGUGUGCGGUGUGGUUCUGAUGGACUUCAGCGCUGAUUCAGCCGACAACCCUAGCCAUGCCUACAUGAUGGAUGUGUGCAGCCCAGAGGACCAGGAUCGGGGGCUGAACAUCCACGCACUACUGGCAGGACUUGGAGGUGGAUUCGGCUACAUUGUGGGUGGCAUCAACUGGGACCAGACACAAUUUGGAAGGUCGAUGGGAGGUCAACUGCGGGUCAUAUACAUGUUCACGAGUAUCACUUUGGUGUUCGCCACAGCCAUGACUCUGAUGAGUAUCCCCGAGCGGCCCCUACCAAAGAACAAAAACUCCGGCAAAGCUCACCUAAAAAGUCCCAGCCUCCCUCUUCCUCCCUCUCCCCCUGUCAACCCAGGGUCAGCUUUUGGACUGGAUGAGGAAGAUGAGGACGGUCUUUACAGCUACAAUUACUCAAAGUCUCACCCGUAUAACUCUGACCAUCUCGCCCAUUCUUGCAGCGCCAACGCACGCCUCUGUGCCGGCCUCACUAGCCCCAUAUCGCCCCUGAGCCCCCUCACUCCGAAAUACGGCAGCUUUAUUAGCAGGGACAGCUCGCUCACUGGCAUCAACGACUUUGCCUCUUCAUUAGGAACCUCCUAUAUAGACAGUGUGCUCAUAAACUGCUACACAGGUCAGCAGACACCACAGGGCCUGGCCGCCAACUCCACCACUGCACCCCUGCCUCCAGGAGACUCCCCUCCUCCUGAUGAGUCCACACAGGGAGCAGGGAGCCAUCCUGCAGGACAGACCCAGUCCAAUGUGGCGCCUCAUCCAGCCGGGGAAGCUCAGGAUGCAGAAGCGCCACAGCCCGAGGGAGAAUCUCAGGUCACAGCUGGGGCUCAUCCUGGUGCGGGGUCACAUCGGGGCUCUUCUGCUGGCAUCCUGAAGCGACCCCAGAGUCUUGCACUAAUAGAGGAGCCCAUGGCAACCCAGAUUGUCGCGCUGGAGAAUGGACGCAGGAGAACAGUGACCUUCAGCCAGCAGGUUGCAAAUAUUUUGCUGAAUGGGGUGCGCUAUGAGAGUGAUCUGAGUGAGAAUGCGGAGACGGGAGAGUCGCAGAUGUCAAUGAAGCUGCUGUGUAUAGCCAUCUACAGGAUGCCUCCCUCUCUGAGGAGUUUAUGCACUAAUCAUUUCCUGGGCUGGCUGUCCUUUGAAGGCAUGCUGCUCUUCUACACUGACUUCAUGGGGGAGGUUGUGUUUGAAGGAGACCCCAAAGCACCCCACGACUCUGAGGCUUACAAACGCUACAAUGCUGGUGUCAGCAUGGGCUGCUGGGGCAUGUGCAUCUAUGCAUUCAGUGCUGCUUUCUACUCAGCCAUAUUGGAGAAACUGGAGGAGCGUUUCUCUCUUCGCACUCUAUAUUUUUUUGCCUACCUGGCGUUUGGUUUGGGCACAGGCCUGGCCACACUAUCCACCAAUCUCUACGUGGUACUGUCUCUGUGUGUCACCUACGGGGUGCUCUUCUCCUCUCUAUGCACGCUGCCUUACUCUCUGCUGUGUGAAUACUACCAGAGCCCUCAGUUCUGUGGCUCGUCAGAGGAAGGGACCAGACGAGGGAUGGGGGUUGACAUCUCUCUGCUCAGCUGCCAGUAUUUCCUGGCUCAGAUCCUUGUCUCUGUGGCGAUGGGACCUCUGACCUCACUGGUGGGUGGGGCCCAGGGAGUGAUGUACUUUGCAAGCCUGAUGUCAUUCGUGGGCUGCCUGUACUCCUCUCUCUUCGUGGUGUACCAUCUGCCCCCACCUGAGGGUGAGCCCCCCGAUAGCGAGACCCAGCCACUACUAGUGCACAUUUAGAGAAUCCUCUCGAUUUACUUUACCUCACACGCACACACACACGCACACUCAAAGGGCAAACGCUCUCUCGCUGUCGCUUAGUGUCUUAGAGUGUGUUGACCUUCACAGACAGCACUGAUAGGACACUGCACACCCUGCCGCACACUGUACAGCACAACUCCAUAUACUGUUUCACACUAAUGGGCGCAUGCUCUCCUCAGAGCUAGACAGACAGACAGACAGACAUUGGCCACUGCUCUAAUAUGUGUAUACAUGACCAGUGUGUUCAUACAGUGUGUGUGUGUGCCCAUGCAUUUUUUUCCUAACUUUUGCAAACAAACGUGUGAAUGCCGUGUGGGACAAAUGGUGUGUGAGAGAGUGUGUGUGAGUGACCUUUGCUGUAAAAUCUUUGCAUCAUCUUUUCUUGCUUGUUGGUGUUUAGUUUAGAAAUGUUUGAUCACUACGUACAGGCUAACCACAGCUUUCCCCCUUUCUCUUUUUCUUCCUUUUAUCAGUUGCCUAACGUCUGCAUGAGCUGCAAUGUAAUCUCUCAAAGCCUUGUGUUAAUGUUUUGUUUUGGUCACACGGCCAAGGGAAUGUC